CACGUUACAGCCUAUAACCUCACCAGCCGCCGUCGCCGCCGACUUUCUCUCUCUGGUCGUCGUCUGCAGCAGCAGCAUGGUGUCUCAGGGGAUUCAGAUCACCGCCAUCGCCAUGGCCGUCAUCGGCUGGGUGCUGGACAUCGUGGUGUGCGCCCUGCCCAUGUGGAAGGUGACGGCCUUCAUCGGGGCCAACAUCAUCACGGCCCAGACGGUGUGGCAGGGCCUGUGGAUGAACUGCGUGGUGCAGAGCACGGGCCAGAUGCAGUGCAAGGUGUACGACUCCAUGCUGGCGCUGCAGCAGGACCUGCAGGCGGCCCGCGCCAUGACCAUCAUCUCCAUCCUGCUGGGCGUCUUCGGCCUGAUCAUGUCCAUCGCCGGGGGGAAGUGCACCAACUGCAUCGAGGACGAAGCCAGCAAGGCCAAGACUUGCAUCGUUUCCGGGGUGGCGUUCAUCGUCUCGGGGCUCCUGGUUCUCAUCCCCGUUUGCUGGUCCGCCAACUCCAUCAUCAGCAACUUCUACAACCCCAUGCUUCUGCAAACGCAGAAGUUUGAGAUGGGGGCGGCGCUGUACAUCGGCUGGGCGGCCUCGGCGCUGCUGCUGAUGGGGGGGGGGCUGCUGUGCUGGAACUGCCCUCCCAAGGAAGACCAGCGCCACUACGUCCCCAAGUUCACGCCCGUGAGGUCGGCGCCCGCGUCCAGGGAGUACGGGAAGGCUCCUUCCACUUCCAGAGAGUACGUGUGAGACACUUCCGGAUCCCUCGGAUGUCACAAGCCUGGAUGAUUACGAUCCGUCCGGCUCUGCCACGAGCUCUGGGACGAACUCUGGUGGAGGUUUGUCCCAGAGGACACCAAGCCCAGAAUCCAUCACUGCUUCCAAUUUAGCCGUCGGAUUUGCAUGAACGCCAGCAAAGCUGUUCCCCUGACUUCUCUUUAAAUCAAGAGGCAUUUCCAAGUAUUCAUAUUCAAGCUGGAUUAUAUUCUGAUUGUUAAAAAUAAGAGUAAAUAUUCACUCAGAUGUUCAUUUAGCUCUAAAAUGAGUCGAUUCUAAUCUGCCUCUUUAUCUGGUCCCACGUAUGUCGUCAUAUUCACUCCAUAUGUCUGCUUUAAGAAGUUCUUGAAAGAGGCUGAAGCUCCUGUGAGCUGCAUUCAUGUUCCUGGUCUUAAUCUCUGCUCAGUAAAUUAUUAUUUCAGACUCAUUAAAUCAGUUUCUCUCAGCUCGUGCGGGUCGGUCUUGUUCAGGUAUCAGGGUUGUUGGUGAGAACGGCUGCUCGAGCACUCUGUAUUUAAUCCUCUUUUGUUGUUUAUAUGUAUCUGUUUUUGUUGUCUGUUUUCAUCUGCAAACCUUUAUAUUUUAUAUAAUUCUGAAAUGUAUGAAUAUUACUUCUUUAUCUUAUUUAUCUAAACUGUAAAUAGGCCAUAUUCACUGCUGUUCUACUUUGUCAAAUAUUAAAUUUAAUUUCCGAUGCAAAUCCAAAAUGACAAAUAAGUUCUGUCUAAGUCUAAAUCGCUGCUUUGUCGCUGUAAAUAAACGCUACCGUAGCUGAAUUAUUCGUUUU